AUGCUGCAAUCCAGCGGCGCAAUCCUACGAUACGAAAGCUCGUGUCCACAUAUAAUAACUUAUGUGCUGAUCUUAGUGCUCUUAUCAGACAACCGCAGUCCUCCGAAUGCUAUACCACCCAACCCCAUCUCUCCUACCGGUAUUUUUGAUCUUGAUAUUGAUGCUGAUAUUUGGGAGGACAUUGGACUUGACGAUGUCGUGCCGGAACCCCCUGAUUGGCUAGCUGAUGAGGUCACACGUGCUGCGAUCAGACUGCUGCUUGAGAUUGACCGAUGCAACGAAGAAGAGUCUCGUGUGAAGGUAGAGCGCUGUGCUCUGCAAGAGUGGGCCAUGCGUGAGUGGGAUGGUCUACAGAGGGCGCGUGCACAUGCAACGAUCCUCUAUCACAUGAAUUGCCGUGCUCGACAAUUCAUUGUCCUUGUACUGGGGUGGCAGACGAAGGUUCGUCCCAUUCCAUGUGCAUGGCCUAUGCCUGACUGCUGGGGGCCGUCUCAAACCGAACUUGCUAAUGGGACACCUGUGGUGUACCCUGAUGACCCUGAUGACGAAGAUCAUGUAUCGGAUGAUGGAGAUGACUGGGAAUCUGAUAUUGGCUGUGGUGAUGAGGAGCUUAUGGAUGUUUUAGAAGAUAUUGCAUUAGCGGAUCAGUAUAGAGGGCAAGAGGAACAUGACAUCGAGGGUGACUAUGUAAUUCAUGAAUCAUUGAUAGAUAGCCCAACAAACGUGUUAGAUUUAAUUUGUAGUACUCUAGGUGUGCUGCACAAUCUAAAUCUGAUGAGGAAAAUGUAA